AUGAAGGAACUAGCCGGAUACUUGCUCUUGAAAUUGGGAGGAAAAGACAGUCCCUCCAAGGAUGAAAUCACCGCCGCCUUGUCCUCGGUGGGAGUCACCGCCGAUGGCGACCUGCUCGACAAACUCUUGGGUGAAUUGGAAGGAAAGGAUCUAGGGGAAUUGUUGGAAGCUGGAAAGGAACAGUUGGCACAGUUUGGUGGAGGUGGCGGCGGCGGCGGAGGAGGCGGCGGCGGCGGAGGUGGCGGUGGUGAAGCCGCAGAAGAAGAAAAGGAAGAAGUUGAAGAGGAAGAAGCCGACAUGGGUGGUGGUAUGGACAUGUUCGGAGGAGGUGAUGAGGGCGGCGGUGAUUAUUAAACAACAAUCACUUGAUCUAUCUACCUACCACGUACUCUUACUAUUCGACAAUACAAUACUCGCUAAAGUUGGCUCUACUUGGUGCAUCCAGCAGAUUUAUUUGUUGGCUGUCUACUAGCUAGCUAGGUAGAAAGAGACUAUAGUAACCAACAGCGUUAUCGGCAGGAAAACACUUAGGUAUAUAUUCUUACUAACUAGCUCUAGAGGUAGUUACGUAUCC